UAAAGAUGAUUGUAAAAGAGAAUUUAUUAAAUUUAAAAAUUGUUUAGUUGAAGCUGCUGUUAAAAAUAAAACAAAAUUGUAAUAAUAUGAAGUGGCCUGAGUUCAAAGUCCAUUGCUAUUUAGCAUUUAUUUUGAGAAUACUCUUAAUAAUAUAUGCUAAUUUUCAUGAUAAAUAUUUUCGUGUUCCAUACACAGAUAUUGAUUACAAAGUCUAUACAGAUGCUGCAAGAUAUAUAACAAAUAGAGAAUCACCGUAUUUACGUCAUACUUAUCGUUAUACACCAUUAUUGGCAUUAAUAUUGACACCAAAUAUUUUUCUACACUAUGAUUUUGGUAAAUUAUUAUUUUCAUUAAUUGAUAUUAUCGCUGGUGUAUUAAUUAAAAUAAUUUUAACAAAAGGUAACAGCAAUAAAUAUAAAAAUAAAAUUGCCGAGUUGUGUGCUCUUUCAUGGAUUUAUAAUCCAAUGACAAUAAUCAUAUCAACUCGCGGUAACGCUGAUUCAUUAUCUGUCGUUAUAGUUUUAUUAACAUUAUAUUAUUUAAUAAUUAAUAAGGAUUCAUUUAUAACCGGUUUAAUUCACGGAUUAUCUGUACACUUUCGAUUAUAUCCAAUAAUAUUCAGUUUAAUUAUGUAUUUAUCAUAUCGCGAUAAACAUAACAUUGUUCCAAAUAGAAAUCAAUUUAAAUUUAUAACUGGCUGCAUGUUAUCAUUAUUUACAUUAACAUUACUAAGUUAUUAUUAUUAUGGAUAUGAAUUUAUUUAUGAAAGUUUAAUAUAUCAUUUAAUACGUAAAGAUGGACGUCAUAAUUUUUCACUGUACUUUUAUAUGCAUUAUUUAUCAGUUGGACAACCGACUGAAAUAUAUGAAAAAAUAAUUCGGAUAUUGCCACCAAUUUUAUUAUUAGUAGCGUUAUCAUUUCGUUAUUCAAAUAAUAAAAAUAAAAUAGAAUUGUCAUUUGGAAUAAUGACUCAGGCUAUGGUUAUGGUUACUUAUAAUUCUGUUGUAACAUCACAAUAUUUUUUUUGGUAUUUGUCUUUAUUACCGAUUUGUAUACCAUACAUUAAUAUCAGCUUUGUUAGAUUUAUUAUAUUGCUUGGAAUUUGGAUAAUAGCUCAAGCGCUGUGGCUAUUUGAUGCAUACUGUUUAGAAUUUUUAGGUCUUAAUAAAUUUCAUUCUAUUUGGAUCGAUAGCAUAUUAUUUUUCUUCGCCAAUAUUAAAAUAUUGUACGACUUUAUUGUUAAUUAUGACAGUAAUAUGUUAAAUAAAUAUUAUUAAAAUAAAUAAAUUUAUGGUAUGGGUUAAUUUAUCACUCUCAUGGAUACUAACGGCUUAUAAAAAUUUUUUUUUUCUGCCCAUCGAUGCAUCAUUUUUUAGUUUAAAGUAUAAAUUUACAAUGGUAUCAUUCCCUAGGAUACACUUAUAUCGUCUCCUUUCUGAGUAAUCAUCGUAACUACAUUUUUUUCUUAAUUAAAAUUAUUUAUGAAAAUAAUAACUUCGAGAGACUUUUGAAUUUUGAUACUUUCAUUAAUGCAAGUGUAACAGAAUAGAUAUUUUGACCGAUUUUUAAAAAAAUUAUAAUUUUGGAGUUACGAGAUUUACCCAGAAAGAGGACAAUAUAGUAACUGUUUAUUAUUACAAUUAAUGAUUUAUAAUUAACUUGUUAGGAUUAAUAAUAAAAUACAGUUUCCAGCAGUUAAUUUUUUUAAAUAUUUUAUUUUGAGGAAUACAAAAUACUUAUGUACAGAUAGUUUCAGAGAGUCAUUAUAAUAGAUUUUUUUUCUUUUAUUUUUAUAUCAUUAUUAUUGUUUAAGGAAUGACAGAUUCUGCAAUUUAAAUAUAGAUCUUACAAUAAUAGUCUAGAAUUGAAAUUGUGAGCAAGAGCAUUCUUAAAUCUUCUUUCAUUUUAUUAGAUUUAUUUAGGUCAUCUUCAGAAAUAAAUAUAUAUGUGCAAAAAUCUUACACCUUAUCAAUUCUAUCUUUCAUUUAUUAUUAUUAUUUUUCACUAAAAAAAAAUUUCAUACAUCAAUCAUCAGUAUUCUUGUGAUAAUUAAAUAUAAAUAAUUAUUGUGUAUUUAAUGUGAUUUAU